UUGGUUAAACUCGAUUUAGUGUGAAAUACUCAAAAGCAUGGGGACGGAAUCGAGAAGCCUGUGUUCUGCUCAGUCAGGCGCUUCGGAAGAUCAGGAGAUGGUGGUGAACAUUGGCGGCGUGCGGCACGUUCUGUACGGGGCUGUUUUGAACCGAUACCCAGAGAGCAGGCUGGCGAAACUGCUCAAUUGCAGCGGCUACGAAGCGAUCUUCGCCCUUUGCGAUGACUACGAUCCGAGCAAAGGAGAGUUUUACUUCGACCGAGACCCGGACUCUUUCAAAUGUGUCAUGGACGCUUACUAUUUCGGGGAAAUCCACAUGAAAAAGGGAGUUUGCCCCAUUUGUUUCAAAAAUGAGCUGGACUUCUGGAAGAUCGAAGUGGACUUUUUGGACGAAUGUUGCAAAUGCCUCUUAGGCGAGAAAAACGAAGAGCUGGAAGAAAUCGCGAAACAAGUGCAGCUUAUUUUGGCCGACCGGGGCAAAUCGGCUGAUAGCUGCUGGGGGAAAUCUCAGAAAUUCCUCUGGAAACUGAUGGAAAAACCUGACUCGUCCUGUCUGGCCAGAGUUAUUGCAGUUUUAUCUUUUCUGUUCAUCUUAAUUUCAUCCGUGGUGAUGUGUAUUAGCACUAUCCCUGAUCUACAAGUAACUGAUGAGGAAGGGAGUCCGGUGGAGCAUCCAAUUCUCGACUGCAUUGAGACGGCUUGUAUCGGUUGGUUUACAGCCGAGUAUAUAAUGAGGCUGAUGGCAGCCCCCAACAAACUCAAAUUUGUCCUGUCUUUCAUGAACAUUAUCGACGUGCUGACGAUUCUGCCUUUCUAUGUGAGCCUGAUCUUGACCACAGUAGGGGCAUCUCUCAUGGAGCUGACUAAUGUACAGCAGGCGAUCCAGGCCCUUCGGAUCAUGCGGAUAGUGCGGAUUUUUAAACUUGCGCGCCACUCCAGCGGUCUCCAAACACUCACGUACGCACUGAAGAGAAGCUUCAAAGAACUGGGUUUAUUGCUCAUGUACUUGGCCGUUGGUAUUUUCGUUUUUUCCGCUUUGGGCUUCACCAUGGAACAGAGCCACCCCGAAACCCUCUUCAAAAGUAUUCCCCAGUCCUUUUGGUGGGCAAUAAUCACCAUGACCACUGUUGGAUACGGGGAUAUUUACCCAAAGACAACAUUGGGGAAACUCAAUGCGGCAAUUAGCUUUCUUUGCGGUAUAAUAGCCAUCGCAUUGCCAAUCCAUCCUAUUAUAAACAAUUUCGUACGCUACUACAAUAAACAAAAGGUCUUGGAAACGGCUGCAAAACACGAACUUGAACUAAUGGAGUUGAAUGCUAAGAAUGAAGAGAGUGGAUUUGCUGGAAAGGAACAUGUAGACAUUGUGGUCACUAAAACCAAUAGCAGUAGCAACCUCUCUCUGAGUAACAGUCUGCUAAAUUCUUACAAUGACACUUUCAUUCCACUUUUAUCAGAGGAAAAAAUGCAUCGAAAUAGGCUUCAAAGCUGCAAGUAA